AUGCUUCAAGUUGCUAGAUCUAAUGGUGUAGUUUUAUAUAGCCAACGUCGUAGUUUCCUUUUAGCUGCUGCUUUAGGCGUUGGUAGCAUGGUUUUUGGUCGUGAGAGUAGAUUAGCUGAUGCUAUGGGAAGAGGUGAAUUGCACAACAGGGACCCCAGUUAUGCAAUGAAGAAGCAGGAGGAAGUUGAAAGGCGUAUCAAGAGUUUGAAAGACACAAGGCCUAUGGAACCGCAGUAUCCGGGACACGUCCCGCUUUGGAUGCACGAGAAAAUGCUUCUAUUUGCUGCUUCUGGAAUUAAAUCCUACUACCACCCUGAAGAUGGAACCAAUAUUGUCCAACUUGGAGAGAGCUUGGCAUUCAAGUCCUUUUUGGAACGUUUAAAGACAACUAUGCUCAUGGAUAAGACCGGAAGGCGUAUAUUGAAGGAGCGGCCGACAAUUAGCGAAGCUGACUUAAAAAUGGAUAAGCUUGCUUUGUACCCCAAGAAUUCUCUGGGCUACACAUUUUACAAGUGGCUGAGAGCGGAGGGUGUAACUCCAGACACAAGAGCUCCCGUUACGUAUAUUGACGAUCCCGUCCAUGCGUAUAUCUUCCUCCGUUACAGGCAGUGCCACGACUUCUACCAUGCCAUCAGCAACCUUCCGAUUAUCAUUGAAGGUGAAAUUGCUGUGAAGGCUCUUGAGGCCGCUAAUAUUGGUGUUCCAAUGGCUGUAAUUGGUUCUUUAUUGGCACCAUUAAGGCUAAAACCCGAACAGAAGAAACGACUAUAUGACAUUUACAUACCAUGGGCAAUUGAAACGGGACUAAAAGCUAAACCGCUAAUAAAUGUGUACUGGGAGGAGCACCUCGAUAGUGAUGUAGGUGAGCUUAGAAAAGAACUAGGUAUUGCACCACCACCUGACUUACGUGCGAUAAGAAAGGAAAUUGCCGAUAGAAAAAGGCAUUUUAAAAACAAGUACGAAAAGUAUUAA